AUGCGUCUUCGAGCAGAAUACUCCUCGCCGCCGCUGGACGGCGUCGACAAGCUCGCAAAGGUCGACACAUCUCCGAUUUCCACAACGCUGUCAACAGAGGAACUAACACCGGAGGAAGAAAAAAAGCUCGUAUGGAAGAUUGAUCGUGUCGUGCUUCCGACUCUGAUGUUGGGAUUUAUGGUUCUGCAGCUUGACCGCGCGAACAUAGGAAACGCCCUCACAGACUACUUCUUCCGAGAUGUUGGCAUUACCCAGAACCAAUUCAAUACGGGCCAGCUGGUCCUUCCCCUCGCGAUAAUUUUAGUCGAGAUUCCUUGCAAUAUGAUUCUAUUCAGAUUGGGACCAGCGAUAUGGAUAGGGAUCCAGAUAUUUGCGUGGGGCACUGUGGCCACCCUACAAGCAUUUCAAAAGGGAUUGGCUGCGUUCUUAAUAACUAGGAUACUACUUGGUAUUUGCGAAGCAGGUUUUGUACCUGCUAGCCUCUACACCCUUACAACGUGGUAUAAACAAAACGAGACUAGCAAGAGAUUCGCUAUAUUUUAUAUUGGAAAUCUAUCCGCUGGUGCCACAAGUGGUUUAAUAGCAUACGGAAUGCUGGCAAUGGCUCUUUAUCCACCUGUCUACGUAUUCGGUGCCUAUGCGCCCACUCUGGUCGCAUCUUUUGGUUUCGAAAGACUCGUAUCAAACGCUUUGGUGACUAUCGGCCUAUGGGCCCAGUUGGGAGGCGUGGUUAUGUCGUUCUUGCGGGCUCACUAUGCAGUUGGGGAUUUGUUGAUACUCGUUCGAUCUCUAAAUGGCCAUCUGCGAUUCGCACUUCUCACCCUCGCCAUCGCCUUCUGUGCCGUAUGGCAGCCCGUCAAUGCUUCUUGGAUGACUAUGAAUAGCCGUUCACCAGAAGAAAGAUCCAUUGCACUGGCAAUGUUUACGAUGGCGACGAAUUUAGCUGGCAUUGUUAGUAGCCACGUUUUCCAGGAAAACGAUCGACCAUUGUACGUGGUGGGGUGGAAUGUAAAUAUUUGCCUGAUAUCCGCGCAUGUUGCGAUUGUUAUUGGGACAAUUCUGCGGUAUAUGAUGCUGAAUCGUAAAUAUAAAAGGGGAGGGAGGUCGGGAGAAUCAUACACUUAUUAA